AUGCCGUCUAAACCGAUACUACGGACUGCUAUCCUUACGCUUAAAGCAGUUGGAUUUACGUCUGAGCAAACUGCUGCUAAGCUGAAUAUUACUACAUCUCAAGUCAAUUCUGCCAUCCGGAAAGCGCAAAAAAAGGGGUUCGAUCUGAAUCAAGCCAGAACUGGAACUCUUGUUCUUGAAGAUGAAUACGUCUUUGACGACGAUCGGUCUGGACGCCCUCGCAAGCAAGAAGAUCUUACAGAAUUGAUUCUAUCAAAAGCUCGAAUUGAUCGAAAUUGUGAUCAUAUUGCAAUGGAACUCACAGCGGAAGGCCACAGCGUAUCAGCAACAACAGUUUGGCGAGUUUUGAAGAAAAAUGGACUUGAUAAGACUGAACCAACUCGAAAGCCUGGCUUGACUGAUGAAAACCCUAACUCGACUGAUAAACACCCUGAUUCCAGCGUGGAUUGA